CAAUUGAAAGGUUGAAAGCGAUGCUCGCGGUCACAUGUUUGCUUGUUUGUGAUUCUUUAAUCAGUUUUAUAAAUAUUAAAUAAUUGUCUAAUGGUCAUAUAUUUUGAUCCAUGCGAUGUUGCAGUUAUUCUGACAAUUGUUAAGUGAAAUACUUUGUAAAAAUUCAACUAAUUCAGCUAAUCAAUCAUGACAUCGAUAGCAUCUAUGGAAAAUAACCUCAAAGACACAAGUCUCCAAGAAAAUGAUCUUCCUGAGGAAUUUGCCAAACGCGCUGAGAGAAAUAGACAAAAAGCUUUGUUGCUGAAAAAGUCGAAAAUCGUCUCUCAUCCUUAUGCAAAAAUAGAUAAUUCUGAAUCUUCCACUGGCAAAUCUAUAAAAAUUCAAGGUCAGCGAGUAAUCGAUAGUGGGGCUGGAUUCCUCAUCGAUGAAAACGAGGACUUAGAAGAGGAAAUGCUCAAAAUCGUAGAUGUUCCUGCGCCAAUAGUUAGUGGUUUACCAACAUGCGAUGAGUGUAAAGCUGAAUUCAAAGAUUCGUUUCUACUUCAAAAGUUCGAUUACUCAGUUUGUGACGCUUGCAGGGACAAUAAUGAGAAACAUACGCUCAUUACAAAGUCGGAAGCAAAGCAAGAAUAUCUUUUAAAGGAUUGCGAUUUCGACAAAAGACAGCCAUCCCUGAAGUUCAUAAUGCGACAAAAUCCACACAAUCCGCGUUGGGGUGAUAUGAAAUUGUAUCUGCAACUCCAGGUGGAAAAACGAGCAGUCGAAGUCUGGGGAUCGGAAGAAAAUUUACUAAAGGAACGCGAAUUACGAGAUGAAAAACGAGAGGAAGCAAAGAUAAAAAAAUUCAACACAAAGAUUAAAAAACUGCGAAUGGAAGUGAGAAGUUCCCUGUACGACAAAACACGUAAAGCUUCUCACGUGCAUAAAUUCGGUCCAGAAUCAUACGACGAGGUCGAAGAUACCUACUCGCAAACUUGCACAACCUGUGGCUACGAAAAUACCUACGAGAAAAUGUAAUUUUACUUUU